CUUCCGGGCAGCACGCGGAGGGUGGUGCGUGUCUCGCGGUCGGAGCGGCGCGGCCGUGGGGCCUCUUCCCUGGCCUCUCUUUCCGCGCGCCCAGUGAGCUCGCCUGUCCCCGCGCGUCCCCGCCGGGUGCCGAGCCUGUGCGCAGUCCAGCCCCCGGCGGGGCGGAGCCGGUGCCCGCGGUCCCUGAGCCCCGCGCCCCUGCGUCCGUCCUGAGACCCGGGCCCGGAGGGCGGCCUGGGCCCCGCGUCAGGGUCCUGCCCGCGGUCGGCGGGGAGCCGGGGGAGGCCCUGCCGCCGCUGUCCGCGCAUCUUCUCCGGGGCCGUGAGCCGUGUCCGCACAGCGCCCGGUGGGGGAGGAGCCCGAGCAGCCCGAGGCCGAGGCGGAGAUGGCGGCCGCCCAGGUGAGGGGAUUGUUGACCUUCGGGGACGUGGCCGUCCGGUUCUCCCAGGAGGAGUGGGAAUGCCUGGCGCCUGCCCAGCGGGCCUUGUACAGGAGCGUGAUGCAGGAGAACUACAGCAACUUGGUCUCUCAGUGUCUUCUCAUUACAUAAAAGCCUUGUUACCCCAGCAAGCCAUAAAAGACUCAUUCCGAACAGUGCUCCUGGGAAGAUACGGGAGCUGUGACCUUGGGGACUCAUACUCCAGUACACACCAGGAUGCGGACGCUGAGCGUGGAUGGCAGGACGGCUGUCACGUAGGAGUGCACGGUCACGGAAAGUAUCCCUGGGACAAGGCCCUCCGCAUCCGUGGGGACCCACAUCCUGGGAUGACUCAGGACACAACCCAGUUCGAGUCAGUUACUGCUGCAGAAGAAUGUGCUUCUGUGAGUAGAUGUCAUCAUCCAGUUUGGAAGCAUAACUUUUCUCUUAAAGGACACUUGGAAAAUCUCAGAAUGGAGUAUUGCUAUGGUGUAGGUAAUGACUUCAAUCAUUUAAAAUACAUUACAUUAGAUACUCAGUCAUAUGAUUCUGAGGACCAACGGUGUAAUGAAGAAAAAAUGUGUAAAUAUGUCAAAAUUGAAAGUUCCUUGAUCAAGGAUUUAUUAUUCUUACAUGAACCAGUAACACCCACUCAUGCUAAAACCUACAGUUUUAAGAACUGUCGGAGAGACUGUCUCCACCCAUCAUUGCUUAGUGAAUAUAAGUGUGCAGACAGUGAGCAAGAACCUUACAUGUAUGAUAAAACUAAGCAGGCCUUUAGGAAGGACUCUCUAUUAAAUGAUUGGCAAGGUAUUUACAUUCCAGAGAGAACAUACCCCUCUAUGAAACCUGGAAUAAAUAAUAACAAAGGAUCAGUCCAUCAACAACAUCAGAGAACUCAGAUUCCAGGAAACCACUACCAAAGUAGUAAAUGUGGACAAGUCUUCAAGGAGUGGUCAGACUCUGUGACACCUCAGGAUAUCCACAUUGGAGAGACUCGUCACAAAUACAAGGAAUAUGGCAAAACUUUUAAACAUUUCGCAGAAGUGGUUGUGCAUGACAGAAUUCACACUAGUGAGAAAGCUUGCAAAUACAAAGAAUAUGGGAAAGACUUCAGUGAAUCUUCCCAUCGAAGUAGUCACGAGAGAAUCUGUACUGCAAAGCAACCAAACAAAUGUAAAGAAUGUAGCAUAUUCUUUACUUAUUCCUCAGGACUUACUUUGAGCCAGAGAAUUCAUAAGGAGGAGAAUCCUUACAAGUGUAAAGAAUGUGGCAAAGCCUUUAAGUGGUACUCAUCUCUUACUCGGCAUCAGACAGUUCAUUCUGGACAGAGACCUUACAAAUGUAAAGAUUGCAGUAAGUCCUUUACCUGUUUCGCAUACUUGACUCAGCACCGGAAAGUUCAUACAGGACAGAUGCCUUACAAGUGUAAAGAAUGUGCAAAAGCCUUUAGGUGGUCCUCACACUUUAUUCGGCAUCACAGAAGUCAUUCUGGACAGAGACCUUACAAAUGUAAAGAAUGUGGCAAAUGCUUUUCUACAUCCUCAAUUCUUAAGAAGCAUGAGACAAUUCACACUGUAGAGAAGCCGUACAAGUGUAAAGAAUGUGGCAAAGCCUUUAAGUGGGGCUCAUACUUGAAUGAACAUCUGAGAGUUCAUUCUGGAGAGAAACCUUUCCAGUGUGAGGAAUGUGGCAAAGCCUUUAAACGGAGCUCAACCCUUACUAAACAUCAGAGAAUUCAUUCUACUGAGCAUUAGAGAAUUCAUUCUGGACAGAAACAUUUCAAAUGUGUAGAAUGCAGCAGUUCUGUCCUUUUGUUGUUUCUCACAUCUAACUUUGAACCAGAGAAUUCAUACUGGAGAGAAGCCUCACAAGUGUGAAGAAUGUGGGAAAGACCUUAAGUGGGGCUCAUCUCUUACUCAGCAUCAGAGAAUUCAUUCAUGGCAGAGACAUUGCAAAUGUAAGAACUGCAGUGAGUCCUUUUCCUGUUCCCCAUCCUUGACUGAGCACCAGAGAGUUCAUACAGGAGAGACGCCUUACAAGUGUACAGAAUGUGGAAGAGCCUUUAUGUGGUCCUCACACUUUUCUUGGCAUCAGAGAAGUCAUUCUAGACAGAAGCCUUACAAAUGUAAAGAAGGUGGCAAAUCCUUUACUGCAUCCUCAAAUCUUAAGAAGCAUGAGAUAAUUCAUACUGUAGAGAAGCCUUAGAAGUGUAAGGAAUGUGUCAAUGCCUUUAAGUGCAAUUUACAUCUUACUGAACAGGAGAAAAUUCAUUCUGUACAGAAGCCUUAACAAAUGCACAGUAUGUAGCAACUCCUUUACGGGUUCCUCAAGUCUUUCUGUGAAUGAGAGAAUUCACAGUGGAGAGGUGCUUACUAGUGUAAGCAAUGUGGAAAAGGUUUUAGUAGUUCAUCAAGUGUUAAUAAACAGAAGAAUAUCGAACCUGGAGUGAAAUUUUACAAGUGCAAACAAUGUAACAGCAUUUGCCCAGUCCUCAGUCCCUACUCGGUAUGAGGGAAUUCACUCUGGACAGAAACCUUACAAAUGUAAAAUAAAGAAUGCAGCAAAAGUUCUUUAUGUGUAAAGUAUAAAUAUAGGGAGCAUGAAAGUUUUCAGAUGGGAGAAAAACAAUCUAUAAAUUGAAAGACCGUGGCAAAGCUGUCUACAGUUUCUCACAUAUUGUAUGUGAGGAAUUCAUUCUGGAGAGGAAACAUACCAGUAUAAUGAAUAUGGAAAGACCAGUGGCUAAGAAAUGCCCCUUUAAAACAUGACAGACGUCAUAAUGUAAAGAAUCUUUAGAGGCGCAGAGUAGUUUGGAAAAUCUUUAAUUGAAAAUCUAAGUUAGCCAUGAAAGAUUUAUAUGAGAAAGCACUAAGUGACCAACUUUUUUCAAGAUUACUCUAAAAAUAUUUGUUACAAAAAUGAUCCAAAUUAAGAAGGGAUCUGAUAAUUGACUUGGUAAUUUGUGUCUGCCUAAAAGGAGAUGUACUUUGCAUAGUACAGUGCCCUCCACCCUGCAGUUCAGGUGCCAGUUGUAAGCCCCAGGCAGUUAACCUGCGCUGCCAGUGACCUCCCCUUUCGGUUCGGUUAAUUUCCUAGACGGGCUCACCGAGCUCAGGCAAACACAUUUACCCGUUUAACGAAGGACACCUUAGAGGGUACACGUAACAGGCGCAUCAGGAGUCACAGGACAAGGUCCCAAAUAAAGGAGCUCCUGUCCUCGUGGACCUUGGGGUGUGGCGGGGUGGCACGUGGGGGCGGUCUGGUUCCCCAAGCUUAGAAGCUCUGACUGAGAAACAGGAUGUGAGAGCGGACAAGAAUGAUACGGUCUCGUUUUUUUGUUUUUUGAGGGCACCAUUCCAUAGCCAUAACUGAGUAACUGUUCAUUGGCUGGUACACCCACCAGCCCCCAUCAAUAUGAAGAGGAGACACCCAUUUCACCUGUUAUCCUGCAGUGUUUUCAGGAGCUGUGGAUGAAGACCAUAUAUAUCUUGGAAAUACGUGCUCAUGUGAAUGACCAAAUAUGUAUUUCUUAGGACUAAUUAUAUCACAGUCCACCUCCUGUCUUCAAAUACAGAUUCAUUACAGCAAAAUGAUCGUGCCGGUCAGAGCGUUCACUCUGGGUGGUAUUCACACAACAUAACAGGAUCAGUUCGAAUAAGUCUAGCAUUUCAUGAGGCCAGUUUGGGGUGGGGACAGAUGGAAACAGACAACUCAGUAAUACUAUAAAGUUUUUUCGACCUGAUAUCCUACCAGAUCGAUGUAACUGCAGCUUGAAGCUGUCAGUCAUCUUGUCAUGUUCCCAGAAGCAGAGAUGGUCUGGGCAAGCACAUAGGUUCACCCUUAUGGGCGUCAGGUGUUCUUCUGCCAAGACAUAAUUAACAUUCUGUUGCCCUGAGCCUCUCUUGAGGUGUUAAAAUGUUGGGUUUCUGUCUUUGCAUAACUGACUUACCCAUCCCUUUACCUUCAGGUAUAAUUUCUCUGUCCAUUUCUCAUUUAACUUACCCAGACUUUUCCCCCUGUGGAAGGGACAUUAGGUCCAGCUGCUGUGCUCAUGGUCCUGAUUGCUGACAGCAAUACUAGUCUAGAAAGUGUCUGCCCUGCAGUCCUCUCCUGCUCACGUAAGCUGGGGUUACACAGGUGCAGAGCUAGUGGGCUGUGCCAGCCAUUGGGCAGCACAGGUGUGCUCACUGUGGCAGAUGGGGUGAAGGCCCAACCCACCCCACCAGGCCCUUAGGAAUUCUGACAUAAAGAUUCAAGGGUAAGGUUACCGUUUCUUCCUUAGUACUCUUGCCUGCUCUGGUUCCCACAGUUGCAGCCCUGGACCUGGGACCACUGCAUCCAGGAGGAAUAAAGGAAGUUGUGCUGGUGUCGAUGAAGAACUGCAUAGUUGAACUAACAUCCUCCCCAACCUCCUUCCUCAAAUCCUCCUCAAACGUGGAUUAAUCUCUCCAGUGGGACCCUCCUUCAACCUCAUGUGAGCACAUACUCUUAAAGGCGUGUAAACCAGCCCUUCAUGCCUUUAUCUCCCAUUUUAGACUGACUGUUUCAACUGCACAUGCAGUGUUAUUAAGUCACCACUCUGAGGGUGACAUGCACCAUGGUACAUCCGUGUCAUGUUUUUUGGCCCCCUGCUGGACUCCCUGGGCUUCUGUAAGGCAUGUCCCUUGGGCUGAAGAGAUGUGAAUUGCUGGUCUACAUUUGUACCAAGUCUUUCUUCCUACUCAUUUAAUAGUAUUUUGAGCAUUUGCAUCUAUCACUGGGUAUGUAAUGCCCAGUCCAGAAUAAUUGUCUAUUCCAAUUAGGACCCAUUUAUAGCCUCCAGGGGAUACUAACAUUGGUCCAAUGUCAUCCACUUGCCAGAUGUGUGUGGGGCCUUGCCCCAGGGGAAUGUUUUCCAUAGCCACUUGCAAUCUGUUUCUCUUAAGUGACAAUUCCUGUUGGCAUUCUGUGCCUAUAGGGUGCAAGAGGACUGUCCAGAUGUAGCCCAUCUCUGCAUUCCUGCCACUACACGUCCACUCAUUUUAUGGACUCAUGUGGCCACCAAAUGGGAGUGGACACAGGCCCCCUUGGUGGCUCCAGUCACCUGAUCCUGGGAGGGAGUCCUGCUGUGCAUCCACGUGGCCUACUUUAAUGUGUCCCUUCAAUAGCCGGAGUGAUUGCCAUACAGGUGCACCCAACACAGGCUUUCCUUUAAUAGUCCACUUUUCCCUGGCGCAUCUGUCUGACCACACAGCCAGGCCAUGGGCGACAAUGCACAUCAGUAAAGAUUGAAACAAAGUUUUUAUUGCUGCCAGGAAAACGGCAUGCAGUUUAUCCCACUAACUGAAUUUUUCUUACCUUUCAACUACUCUUGCCAUCUGCUUUUCUUAAGGCUUCACAUUUCUAUACAGGUGAUUCAUCUUUCAUGUGUCAUCUCUAAACCAGGCAGCUCUUUAUUGUUCAUCAGAGAGCUGUUCAUAGGUCACAGGCUAUGAAGCAAUCAGUUCUUAAAACUACAGGUAGCUUUAAUGUCACUUCCUUAAUAGGGCAUUUAUCUGUCCAAGAUGUGAGUAUCUCAGGCCUCAACAUUACUUAUGUUCUUCAGUCAGUGAGGCAGUCUCAGUGCCCAAACACAUGCUGGUAAUCAUCUCUCAAAUGAUGUGUACCAGGUAGCAGCGUCUGAUAACUCUCUGGUCCAAAAUCCCAACAGUCCCUGCUGGGAGCGCUCCUGGGCUGUUGCCAGAAUGUCUGUGUGGGUACAGGUGGCAGAUUCUUUCAAAGUAUGUCUGAGUGGGGGUCUUAAGGGCCCAAAGGUGUACAGAGGGCAACUGUCUUAAGACAUGGCUUCCUUUUGUUCAGGUCCCAGUCAAAUAAUAGCUCUUUCAUGUAAUAGAUGGAAUAUAACAGUAUCCUCGGGUGUGGUGUAGGCAUCCUCCACAAUCCAAGAUAUGCCAACCAAAUACUGGGCUGCUUGUUUGGUCCUAGGCAGGUAGUGACAGUUGAUGUUUUGUCCUUUGUGGAAGAUACCGGUGCCUUCGCCCAUUCCUAAUAAUUUUGUUGUUUGAGCAGGACCUCGGGUCUUUGCUGGAUUCAUUAACCAGCCCUGGUUGGUUAUGUGUGGCACUAUUGUGUUCAAGUCAGUCCCAGCCUGCUCGUGUGUUUCUGGUAGUAUUGUAAUGUCAUCAGUAUAGUGUGUUACUACAGCUAGACCUGCAUCGAGUCCAAAUCCUGCCUGACCAAGCAGUGUCCAUAAGCUGGUGAGUUCAGAUACCGUUGUGUCAGCAUGGUAAAUUUAAAUUGGGGUCCCAAUCACGUGAAGGAAAAUUGGUUGACUCUUCAGACAUGGAGAUAGAGAAGAAACCAUUUUCAAGCACAGUGCCUGAGUACUAGCCUCUUUUAGCCUGCUGUGUUUUCUGUAGGGUUAAACCCUGUCUGGAACGUUAAACCACACUAUUCUGUGAGUGUCUCAGCCAUCUGCCAUUUCUCAGUCCACACAGGGCUAUUGUACAGUGCAUUCUUGGGCACCAGCAGUCCAGCUUGUAGCACGUCAGUAAUUAAAGCAGGUGUCUAUAGUGCUUCAAAUUAGCCACCUGUGUGUGCUCAGGCAAUUGAUGGGGUUCCCACUCAGUAUGCCAAGUAGAAUGGGCCUGAGGGCAGGCUUACAUACUUUCUUAGUGUGCUAACAAGGGGGAGCAAUCCCCCGUCAAACAUAAUAUCCAUCCUAAUAAUAUAUUCAGGUAAAGGAGGUGCAACCACCUUGCACAAAAUCUCAACACCCCAAUUUUCACCCAAGCUUUCACUUUAAACCUGUGAACCAUUGAAUCUCCAUAUCCUCCAAAUCUAACUUUAACGAUUGCAUAGUUGACAACAGGUUUUGGAAUCACUGUAUAUUGGUGUCCCAAAACAAGGAGUCCCAGGGAAGUCUCUAACCCUCUCCUUGGUGAUUUUACGUUCCAUGUGCAAAUGGCUUCAGGUCCCUGUUGGGGAUGUGGCCACAAGACAGCCAUUUGUCCAAUGGAUUCGUAGGGGAAUUUUCUCUGGGAGGAUGACUGCCUAUGAAUCCGUGGAAACCAAGGUACGGCAAAGGGAAGGGCGCCUUGGGAGGAACAGUUUAUAUUGCUCACAGCUUGCCAGAAUUCACUGCCUAGGCAUGGCGCUACGUUGCUUGUGGCCAGGGUGCAUACUCACCAAGUCCUCAUCCACUGGCUCCGUGCAAACACGCACUGCGCACUCCAUUUUCCAGCAGCUGAAGCAUGUUCUCGGCUUCCCUGCCUACCCCUUCUAGGGGGAGCUCCACGGGCCAUUCCUUGGUGGCUACAAGAUGGCAGACCAAUUACAUGCCAGGAAUGGAGGGGAAAGAGAGUGCCCAUUUUCUCUGCCUCCACCUUGCUGCUCAGGCUGAAGGCUGUACAGUGGUAAACAAUGAUUGUUAUGUAAAUGGCUAAGGCGAGAUUCUGGAAAUUCUGCCAUUUUACUGCGCAGCCACCCUCAUGGGUGCAGAGCUUCAGCAGGCUGCCAUUAUGUAUGGUUAGGAGACCGCUGAGUAUCCACGUAGGGAUGGUGGGUAAACACCCAGGGAUCCCCAAGUAGGGAUUCAGCAUGUGGUGUCUUACCUCCAAGAGGAUUGGGUGCCUCCCUAGUACUGGUGAGAGAUGGGGAUGCCUGAGGCAGUGGAGUUGGCCCUGCACAGAAUAGGGGGCUCCUUAGGGGAACUUGAGUGUCCAUGAGGUGUUGGGAACUGCGGGUUGGAUGUUUCUCAGCAUUGGGAAGGGUAACUAAGGGGGCAGAGGGGCUUUGGCAGGAAGUGUCAGAACAGGAGUGCAAAUUGUGGGAUACUAAGGGGAAGGUAAGGACGGUACUGAGAACUGACACGGUGCUGCUGAGAGAUACAGUAAUGGCAGAGGAAGUGGAAAUGGGAGAAGAAGGCUCUAAACGGCCUGGGGGAGGUGAAGGAAGGGCUGGGGCCUUCAGCCCCAGAAACGGUAGAAGAGACGCCGGGGGAGUAGGAGCUCGGGAAGAGGUUGGUGUAGGAGCCGCUGGUGCCAGGAGGACUGGAGUGACCGCAGCCAGGCGCCCGCCCCUCCCAUGUGGGAGCCUGCACAGGCGCAGUUAAGAAAGUGACACAACAGUGGGUUCCGCAGGGAGAGAGGCUGCUUCCUCCCCCAGGUUGUGGUGCGCUCCAUGAUCUUAUAUUUGCCAUCAUAGAGUUCUUUUGUGUGGACUUCUUAACGUAUAUGUUUCUUUUAAUUUAGUUUUGUCCUGGCAUAAUCCUUUAAAUAUGCUAUAUCUUUACACAUUGUCUGGCACUAUAGGUUUCAUUAUGAAACUUUGUGAAUACGAAUAUUCUAAAAUUUUAGAAACGGAAGAACUUUGAAGGGUAGAGGAAAAUCUCUUCUUCCCCCAUGCUGUCUAUAAUAAUUUAGAGUGGGUGGCUUGGACCUGGAAGAGAACUAAUAUCAAAGGUAACUUUAUAUCAGAAAGACUUAUCUUCACGUCAUGGCAGAUACUUACCAACCCUCUGCUCUUCCAUCUUCUUGUGAAUUGUCUUCCUGCUGUUUGAAUGCCCAGACGUCUACCCUCUUCUUUGAGGUUGACAUGGAAUUCUCAAUCAUCUGAUGGUCUCAGAGCCUCAUAUUUUUUGGGUCCUUGUAUGUAUGAAAUUAAAUUUGUUCUUCACCUCUU